GGUUUCCGGGUGGCGCGUGGGACUGGAGGCCGAGAGCGUCCCUUGCUACCGCCAACAUGGAGAGUUUGUACCGAGUCCCGUUCUUAGUGCUCGAAUGCCCGAACCUGAAGCUGAAGAAGCCGCCCUGGGUGCACAUGCCGUCGGCCAUGACGGUGUACGCUCUGGUGGUGGUGUCUUACUUCCUCAUCACCGGAGGAAUCAUUUAUGAUGUUAUUGUUGAACCUCCCAGUGUCGGCUCGGUGACUGAUGAACACGGGCAUCAGAGACCAGUUGCUUUCUUGGCCUACAGAGUAAAUGGACAGUAUAUUAUGGAAGGACUUGCAUCCAGCUUCCUGUUUACAAUGGGAGGUUUAGGUUUCAUAAUCCUGGACCGAUCCAAUGCACCAAACAUUCCCAAACUCAAUAGGUUUCUUCUUUUAUUCAUUGGAUUCGUGUGUGUCCUAUUGAGUUUUUUCAUGGCUAGAGUAUUCAUGAGAAUGAAGCUACCGGGCUAUCUGAUGGGUUAGAGUGCCUUUUGAGAAGAAAUCAGCAGGUACUGAAUUUGCUCCUGUUAAUGAAAUUUUAAAGGCUGUACCAGUCCUCAGAUAUGAAAUGCAGAGAAGGAUGAAAAGCAGCAGAAAAGAAACAUCUAGUGAAAACAUAGGAAGCAUAUUAAAGCAUGGACUAGAAUGUCUUGGUGUCAGAGACAAGCUUAUCAGUAUUUUUUCCUGCUGGCCUUCACUGACGUACCAAUGAUACUAAGUGACGUUUUCUUUUUUUUUUUCAUUUCUUAGAAUGUACUUCAUUUCUAUAGCUAUAAUAUUGAAUAAAGUGAUUAUUUUUUACAAA